AUGGAAACUAAAAAAGUUACCCGAUCUACAUUGGCGCGGGAAUUCUGGAUCGCGGAGAUCUAUUGUGCAGGCAUGUCAAGGGUCGGCGUUGUACUGGUGGUGACCAAUGAAACCAUCGCGCCGUUGUUCCUGGAGCGGACUAUUGCGGCUCUGACACAUGGCAACCCGCAGUUGGAGGUUCGCAGCGUCGUACUGCCCGAUGGGGAGCAGUUUAAAGACCUGGAAACCCUCAAUCUGAUCUUCGACCGAGCCCUCGAGACCCGCAUGGACCGGCGUUGCACGUUCGUGGCUCUCGGGGGAGGCGUGAUCGGCGACAUGACUGGCUUCGCCGCUGCCUCGUACCUAAGAGGCGUCAAUUUUAUCCAGAUUCCCACCACCGUCAUGUCUCAGGUGGACUCGUCCGUGGGCGGCAAGACAGGUGUCAACCACCGGUUGGGCAAGAACAUGAUAGGCGCGUUCUACCAGCCGCAAUGCGUGCUCAUCGACACCGACACGCUCGCGCCGCUCCCCGACAGGGAGCUCGCGUCGGGCCUGGCGGAGGUGAUUAAGUACGGGCUCAUCCGCGACGCGGAGUUCUUCGAGUGGCAGGAGGAGAACAUGGACCGGCUGCUGGCGAGGGACCCGGCAGCACUGGCGUUUGCGAUCAAGCGGUCGUGUGAGAACAAGGCGGCGGUUGUGGCAGCAGAUGAGAAGGAGGGCGGACUCAGAGCCACGCUCAACCUCGGCCACACUUUCGGCCAUGCCAUAGAGAACGGAUUAGGAUAUGGAGAGUGGCUGCAUGGGGAGGCGGUGGCAGCAGGCACGGUGAUGGCAGCACACAUGUCGCAGCGCAUGGGGUGGAUCGACGCGGCUCUGAGGGACCGCAUCACUGCCAUCAUCAAGAAGGCCCGACUGCCCACGCGCCCCCCGUCUGCUGUCACCAAGGAGCAGUUCCGAAGCCUCAUGGCGGUGGAUAAGAAGGUAGCGGACGGCCAGCUGCGUCUUAUCCUGCUCAAGGGUUCACUGGGAGACUGUGUUUUUACUGGGGACUUUGACAAAGCUGCGCUUGAAGCCACCCUGGACGAGUUCUCGCCAGAAGCGGAGCUGAUUGUGGCGCUUGCUGGUGCUGUCUCACAGUCGCAGGCAAAUCUCCUUGCCAGCGUCAGCAGCAGCAUUGGCGAUGCAGUGACACGUGUGCAGAAGCUUAUCCAACCGUCGCCUCGGGGGCUGCCACCUGGACCUGCUGCUGACUCAGCAGUCAGGCUGGCGUCAGAUCCACUCACAUUCCUGGAUGACGUGGCCAGGGACUAUCCAGGCGGCAUUGCCACCGUCAGAUUGGUGGGAGAGCCCGUACUCGUUAUAAGCAACCCGUUCUUUUUCCUACUUUCGUACACACUACCCUCCCUCUUGUUCUCCCUCCCAUUUCCCCCCUCUCCCCCCUUUUGCGCUUCCUCCCCUCCUCCCCAAACCGGCAGUGAAUUAGCACGGGAGGUGUUGGUCACUCAGUCUGACGUUUUUAUCAAGGCCGGCACAGCGUUCUUCCCUGGUAGCAGCUUGACGGGGAACGGGCUGCUGGUGAGCGAUGGGGAGGUGUGGAAGAGGCAGCGCCGGCUGUCCAAUGCUGCAUUCAGAAAGGCCGCCAUUCAAUCUUAUGCCACGGCCAUGGCGGAGCUGGCGGAUGACAUGGUGGGAGGCACGUGGAUGGAUAGCUUAGUACGACGAGGAGGACGAGGAGGAAUAGGAGGAAGAAGUGGUUCAGGGGAUUCGGUGGUGCGGGACGUGUAUGGGGACUUCAACGAGCUGACGAUGAGGAUAGUGGUGGCGGCGCUGUUUGGGGGGGGCGGGUUGGGGGGGGCAGCGGUGGAGCAGGUGGGGCCGGCCAUCUCCACGGCCUUUGAGUUCUUUGCCAAGCGCGCCACCAGCAUGCUCAUCAUCUUUGAGUUCUUUGCCAAACAAGUCAUUAGCAUGCUCAACAUCCCUGAGUGGUUCCCUACACCCGACAACCUCCAGUACACGGCAGCAGUGCAGCGCCUGGAUGGGGUGGUGUAUCGGCUGAUCGAGGAGAGGAGGAAGGAGAUGGCGGGGUGGGCUGCUACAGGGGCGAAUGCACAGGGGGGAGGCGAGGAGGGGAAGGACCUGCUCACUCGACUGCUGCUGGCUCGGGAUGAGGACGGAUCGGGAAUGGACGACCAAGCACUCAGAGACGAGCUCAUGACUCUGCUCGUUGCGGAGACCUCGGCCAUCCUGCUGGCGUGGGUGUGUGUGCAGCUGGCGCUGCAUCCCGAGGAGCAGAGGCGGGCGGCGGAGGAGGUGCGGGAGGUGCUGGGAGGGCGGAUCCCCUCUCACGCUGAUGUUCCCAAGCUCAAGUACCUGGAGGCGGUGAUACAGGAGACGCUGCGGUUGAUGCCACCUGCGUACAUUGUGGGGCGGUGUGCGUGCCGAGACACCCGUUUGGGGGAGUGGCGUGUGCCUCAAGGCACCACGGUGCUCGUCAGCCCAUACCUGCUGCACCGCGACUCACAGCAGUGGCCCAGAGCCCUCACCUUUGAUCCAUCGCGCUGGCUACCAGGAGGAGACGCCCUCCCCCCGCCCGACAAUCCUGCCUACUGGCCGUUCGGAGGGGGUCCCAGGAACUGCAUCGGCAUGGGCUUCGCGCUGCUCGAAGCCUCCCUCGUGCUCGCCCGCAUCCUUCAGUCCUUCUCGCUCUCUCUCCCCGCGGGCUCUCGUGCUCCCGUGCCCCGUGCCAUGAUCACCCUGCGACCCGCUGGGGAGGUGAAUCUGCUGCUCGCACCGCUAGCUUCCCAUCCACGAAAAAGAGAGGCGCCUGAAUCUGGUGGUUCUGGGACAGCAGGGCAAGCAGCAGCAAAAGCUGCUGGAAUAGCGGCAGCAGCAGCAACAGCAGCAGCAACAGCAGCAGCACCACCACCACCACCAACACGAGCGUCGGCAGCAGCAGCGGAAGACACAGCUAAUGGUAGAGCACAUGGCAAGGGUUUAGGUGGAAAGGCAGAAGCCACUGCUGCAUCGAGCUGA